AUGAGCCUAGCGACUAUUGUCAAUUCGAGGAUACUACCACCUCAUGUGCCCAUAAUUUUAAACAACAGAAUCGUUUCGCGAAGUAUUUCUUCUGCUCCACCUGAGCCGGGAACUAUCGGUGGUAUAGUUGCUGCCAUUGCUGAAAAACUUGGCAUUGGAGAAUUAGCCACAGGUGGCCUGCAAUUAGCCGUCCUUGGAGGCGCACUAGCUGGAUUCAGAUAUUUUGGAGGAUACAUUAUCGAGUACUUGAAAAAGAAAACGAUCGUCACUGCUGAUUUUGAUAGUCGAGACGAAUCAUACAGUUGGAUACUGAAUUGGUUAAAUGAUCAACCAUACAGCAAAAUAACUUCUCGAUUUUCGGUAUCGACAAGUAUACUUCGUGCAGGGCAGAGACUACCUGGUGAAGGAUUGGAUGCACUUACGCCUCCUGUAUACUUUUUACCGUCGCCAGGCUUUCAUUUCUUCAUGUACAAGAACCGUCUUGUCUGGUUGAACCGCCAUCGACCAGGCAGCUCAUCCUCUGGUGCUGCAGCAGCUAUGAAUCCAAAUGUUAUUCUUGAGAGAAUAGAGAUCAGUACGUUUGGACAGUCAAGAGAAUUGAUUCAAUCAUUAGUCUAUGAGGCACAAAAGAAGUUUAUGGAUAGGGAUAAAAGCAGAACGGUCGUGUUUGCGGCAGACCAAUAUGGUGCUUGGCGUCGCACACGAUCACGGCCAAAACGACCACUGAGUACAGUCGUGAUACCUGAUCAUGUCAAGACAACGUUGGUAGAUGAUGCUCAAGAGUUUUUGGUUUCGGAGCAAUGGUACAGUGAUCGAGGUAUUCCUUACAGAAGAGGUUAUUUGCUCUAUGGAACACCAGGAUCUGGUAAAACAAGUUUUGUAUAUUCUCUGGCUGGUGAACUUGGACUAAAUAUCUAUGUGGUUAACUUGAGUAAUAAAAGCUUAACAGAUGACACAUUGGGUGAGCUGGUAUCAGAUACACCUAGCAGAUGUAUUUUACUAAUUGAAGAUGUUGAUGCAGCCUUUAUUCAAAGAGAAAAAGGAGAAGGCACAACAGCAAACAACAUCACAUUUUCAGGUCUAUUGAAUGCCAUCGAUGGCGUAGCAGCACAAGAAGGUCGUAUAUUAUGUAUGACUACGAAUCAUUUAGAGAGACUAGAUCAAGCAUUAAUUCGUCCAGGCAGAAUUGAUGUCCGUGUCCAUUUUGGAAACGCUACACAACGCCAAGCACAGGAGCUCUUUAAAAAAUUUUAUCCUAAUCUUCCCCAAGACUCAAAGCUCCCAGAACUAUUUGCUUCCAAGGUUCCGCAAGAAAGAUUCAGCAUGGCCCACUUACAAGGCUUCUUGAUGAGCCAUAAGCAGCGACCGGAAAGAGCUGUGGAACUGGUUGAUGCAUGGGUUGAGGGACAUGACAAGGGCAUAUCUGAUCAUUCGACACAGGCUGCACCUGAAGAUCUUUAA